AUGAGUAAAACCAAACCUAUUACUAUAGAAGCCAUUUCAGCCAUUCUAGACGAGAAAUUAAGUCCAAUUCUCCUGACUGUUAAUGGCCUCAAAGAUUCUGUUCAGUUCCUAAGUGAAAAAUUCGAUGAUGUCUUCAAGAAGGUAGAAGAACUAGACAACAAGGUCUCGCACGUCCAUUCAGAAAACAAGCACCUCAAAGUCGAACUUCUGCGACUUUCAACUAUCGUCGAUCAACAGAGUAAAGAAUUAAAUGAAAUUGAGCAAUAUUCUCGACGCGACUGCGUUGAGAUUUCGGGGCUACCUCAAGAGACUGAUGAAGAUCUGAACAA